AUGCAUCCCUUCUUCCCUUUAUUAUUCGUCCUCUUGGGGGUAGAGGCUGCGGUCUCUAAUUCGUCAACGGCCCUAGUGGAGAUCUACCAACCCUUCCUCACCAACGUCCCCGACGAUCCCUCCCGUUUUAACCCAUAUCUCGGUGGACAGAGCUUCGAAUCCUGCUGUCUGCUGGCCAUCAACGAGAGCCUCUUUAUCGACAAUGACACGCUGCGCAUCCGGCCCAACCAGACCUUUUUCCGGGGAGACAUGGCCAUGCUCGAGAGGUUCCCUUCUUUCCCGUGCGCCGCCACCUUCAACGGCACCAUGGAGGGACCGCCCCAGGACUUUUGGACCCCCUACUCGUGGUGCCGCCGCCGCUGCCCCGGGUGGGCUGCCACCUCUCCCAAGACCUUCAGCUACUGGCUGAAGCCGCUGGGGGCCUUCAUCCUGCCCUCGCUCAUCUUUUGCCUCAGCAUCCCGCGGAGACGCCGAAUUGAGAUGCCAACCGCGCUUGCCGCCUCUCACGGCCCGGACAGCACGUUGUUCGGGUUGCUAAUUUAUGCUGUCAAGGUGCUCGCGGCCUUUGUUGUCUCGACGAUCGACAUCCUCAUCUGGCUCUCGGUCGUCUUCGCCAUCGCGGGCCCCAUCUUGGUUUCGGCCAUUUACGAGGCCCUGCUCGACGCUGGGAUCCUCCGGUUUCUGCAGGGCCGCCUCAGCUCAAACUCCCUGUCCCUCCACAGCCGCGCUCACCUGCUGCUCAUCAUCCUGAUCGGCAACCUGGACUUUGACCCCGCCUGGCACCAGUCCAAGCUGCUUGUCCAGGACCUCUCCAAAGACCCAUUCUUGUCGCAGUCGCAGAUGGCCGCGAUGGAGAUGCCAGGGUUUCUCUCUCGGCCUGGCAGCCCUGCCUCAUUCCACGAUAGCUCCUCGGUGAAAGUGAAACUCCGCGCCAUAUUGGACUCGCAGUCAAGCUUCGGGGCCACGGUUGGCGCCCCUGUCCUGUUUUACAUCGCUUCGUUCAUAUGGAGCGUCUACGAAAUCGAGGCCUCUUACGGCACCUAUCAGUCAGCACACCAAAUUUCGUUCGGGAUGAUGUGGAUGACGAUACCGCAUGUUGCUCUCGUCACCAGUAUUUUACUUGCGGGAAACAACCCCAGCGCUUUCCAGGCCGCGGUUUCCUGCGAUACAAGUAGCGAGAAUGGAACCUCUGUUGUUCGGCUCGGAACGCCACCUCUGUCGGCGUCGACCUCGCCAUGCCCAGCCCUGACAAGGCGGCGGCUCUUCCCAUUCAUAUACGAGGGUCACUGGUCAACCUCGCCCUACCGGACUGCGUGGGUUUGGAACCGCGGGUCGAACAAGGCCCGAUGGAUCGCCAAACUGGCCGACGAGCACCAUCCCCAUCUCGAUGCUCUCCACGGCGAGGUUCUGGGUGGCCGCUUUGGCCCCAUGCUAUGGUAUUCUGGGUUUUGGGCAUUCGUGCUGAUUUUCAUCCCCGUGUUCUUCGGGGGAGUGGUUAGCUACCAUACCCCCUCUGUAGGGCUCGGCUGCUGGUCUCUGACCAUGCUGUGCUAUGGGGCUGUCCAGCUCUGGCUCAUUAUCCUCUGGCUUGUCAGCAUGCUUGUCUGGCAGCGGGAUGCUAAUGGCAGGGUGAUACACGAUACCACACUCAUCAAGAAGGCCGGCACGUGGGGUGGCUAUGUAUGGUAUGCCGGCUUCGCCCUUUCAGUUUGCAUUGGUAUCUUUACCUCAGUCGGUGCGACAAUUUUUAUCUUGAUUGGGCUCUACAGCAACUGUUUGUGCUUUACCCCUUUAAAGGCGAGAUACUGGUACAACAUUAUGACAAACCCGGACGCUACUAUAUUUUGGAACAGCACCACCGACGCCCAGCUGUACUACUCGCAAAAGUGGUGGUUCCCCGCCGGCGUGGCCGGUACUGUCUUUAUGGCCGCCGUUGCGUGCCUAGGAUGGUGGUACCAGAAGCGCCUGAGGUCACGCUUUCAUCACCUUGUCGAGCGGAUGUCUGCCGUUGACGAGAAGCACCUCAGAGAGAGCACCGGUGCAGUGCAUAACGGAUAG